AUGGAGACCUUAUCUUCUUGUGAGAAUCUUGUAAUCACAAUGUGGAACUCCCUUGAUAAAUACUCCAUUUUGCAUCAAUUCUUCACACUGGUAAUCUGAGCAUUCAUCAUGGCAAAGAAGGGCUCUUGUAGUUUGUUCAUACUGUUUUUUGCUGUCCUCUUUCUUAGUCUCUGCAAAUGCCAAGGUUUCGAUCGAAAUCUUGAAAGAAAACCCAUCAAAGAGAAAAUGUAUGCAGGUUUCUUUGAUUUACACAAGGGCAAUCUGCAAGUAAACAUUACCAACUGGGGAGCUACUCUGGUCUCCCUUAAGACCCCUGAUAAAAAUGGGCAUAUAGCAGAUAUACUUCUUGGCUAUGACUCUUUGGCCUCAUACAUGAAAAUGAGCCCCAGUAGGCCUUACAUGGGUGCUAUUAUGGGCCGUGUAGCCAACAGGAUUAAGAAUGCACAGUUUACCCUUGAUGGGAAGACAUACCGUUUGUAUGCCAAUGAUGGGAAUAAUUCACUCCAUGGAGGAAGGAGAGGCUUUGAUAAUGUGUUGUGGGAUGUAGUGGAAAAGAAGGGUGGAAGCAAACCAUCUAUUAAGUUUGUUUAUCACAGCUAUGAUGGUGAAGAAGGGUAUCCUGGUGAUCUAGAUGUAUAUGCCACAUAUACUAUAAGCCGUGAUAUGGAAUUGACACUACUAAUGGAAGCAAUCCCAAGGAACAAGGCCACUCCUGUAAACCUAGUAAAUCAUGCUUACUGGAACCUUGCAGGGCAAGACAGUGGAAAAGACAUACUUGACCAUACUGUAAGAAUAUGGGCUUCACGUUAUACUCCUGCAGACAAGUCACUGAUUCCUACAGGACAGAUCUUGCCUGUAAAAGGAACUGCUUUUGACUUAAGAAAAGAGACUGUUGUUGGGAGCAGAAUUAAUAAGGUCCCAAGCUUUGAAACUCCACCUGGGUUUGAUAUCAAUUAUGUUCUUGACAAACCCAAAUCAACGAAGGGACUAACAAUUGCUGCAAGAGCCAAGGAUCCAUGGAGUUCAAGAGUGCUUGAAGUGUGGACAAAUGCACCAGGCAUGCAGUUCUACACUUGUAAUAAUCUCAAGGAACAAGAGGGCAAAGGAGGUGUUAUAUACAAGCCACAUUGUGCAUUAAGCUUUGAGACACAGGCAUUUCCUAAUUCUGUAAACCAGCCAAAUUUCCCUUCUGUGAUUGUGCAACCAGGACAGGUUUACAGUCACACCAUGCUCUUGAAAUUUUCAGUUGAUAAGUAGUCAACAAUCAGGCUUGGUUUUAUGGCCUGACAAUCAAUGGGGGAGUGCAUGAAAACCCUAGAGGACAUCAGUAGUAUUACUUUUCAAAUGUCUCUAAUGGGAUAGUAUUAAAUAAAGAACGAUGUUUAAUUGCUCA